AUGCCCUCCUCCCCUCCGGUCCCUGUCGAGAUAUGGGAGGCCGUCGUCGACGUCCUCGGCGCCGGACACGAAUUCGAAUCGGUCGCCGUCUGCGCAAGGGUCUGCACGCAGUGGCUCCCCCGGAGCCGCCUCCACAUCUGGCGCGAGGUGUACCUGAACACGAUCGACCAGCUCGCGUCGGUCCGCCACGCCCUCGAAUGCACCCCCCAGCUUCGCGGGCUCGUCGCUUCAGUGCACCUCCAUCUGUUUCCCGCCCCAAUGCACGACCCCGCUCUGUUCAACAGCGCGCCGGUGGUCCUCCUGCCGUACCUGCCGUGUGUGGAAGUCUGGAGAUUCGAGGUGUUUUGGGCUUUCGGUAUGCCCGGGUUUCGAGCGUUCUCGCGCUUUCCUGGGGCCUGCUUCAGGAAGUGCUCAUCCAUAAAGACUUUGGAGCUCAAGAACGUGCAUUUGCCGUCUCCUCUGCACCUGUAUCGACUCGUGGCCUGCUUUCCCAAGCUUCAGAACCUCCGGUUGGCCGCCGUCAAGUUCACAGAUGAGCUCGCUCUGCCGGGCUCACGCACGAGCAUAGCGUCCCUCCAGGAGCUCAAGAUGGAAGAUCUGUACAUGAAAGAACAAGAACAUCUACGGCCGUUGCAUCAGACCAGCGCGACGACUCUCACGCGCCUGACGCUGCCCUGUGCCUGGCUCCCGUCUCGCGACAUCGGCGAAAUGACGAGAUUGCAAUAUCUUGCUCUCCGAUGUGACCGUCAGAAACCCGUGUUGAGCUCCUGUAUCAUCGCCGCCGAGAAAGUCAACAUCUUCUUGUGUCACGGCCUCCCUAGCUCGCUGAUCACCUUCGAAGUUGUGUAUCCAGAGGCUAUCUGCCCCCCACAAAAGGAGCUCGAUGACGUUAACAGACAGGAGUCUGAGCCGGCUGCACGACUGGUAGAAGAUCUCGGCCGUCUCCGAAAAAUAGGAGCAACAUGCAUAUUUGAAGACGUGAAGGAGAAUCACGUGGACAGGUGCACCAGUGUGGUCGAACAAGCCUUCUUAUCGCUUCAUUCAUCGAACCUUCUACGGGUUUUCCGCACGUUUACCCACCCACCUGUAAAAAGGUUGUACGGACACACUGAUAACGUGGAAAGACUUGUUCUCUCCCCCUCGGGAGCGUGGGCCGCAAGCAUUAGCCGAUGCAAAUCCCCCGGCUGGAGUGCCAGCAUCAUCAUCUGGAACACCGAGUCGGAGAAGCUGGUAUUCGAGCAGUGGUACAAUGUUUCAGGUUUUAAGGCGAUCUCGAUCUCGUUCGCAUCUACGGAGGCGCUUUGUGCGUGCACGAACCCCUCCAGCGGAGUAGAUCUCUUCAGGCUCCCUUCACGAAGCGACGUGGCGGCGGGACAAAGACUGCGCAAGGUCGGGUGCUUCAAGGUUGGUCACGACGACGACCACGUUGAUCACGCUUGGCGGCCGGACGGGACGCAGCUGGUGGUGUUGACGAGGCUCGGGAGCCUUGAGGUCUGGGAUGCAAUCACUCUCGCCCUCGUUCAGUCAUUUCCCAGUCCGCGCCGCAUCCUACAGCCUCGGGUGAUCGACUUCGUGGACGACCCGUCGUCCAUUCAAAUCUCCAACGACGGCCGCUUCGUCCUGCACGUCUGCAAGUUUACUCCGAAGCCUGGAAAACGACACCGGUGCAUCUUUGUCCACGACCUCGUCACCGGGAUCUGCCAUUCUCCGUUCCCCUCCCCGGAUGCCCCCGCCACGCUCUGGUUCGCCCCUAUCACUCAUGUCGUCCUGCGUAGCGAUCCGGCUCGUCCACACGUUCAGCAAGUGGUCGUCGUUCGGGACGACGCCCCCAUCGUCAUGCUCGCCGACGUUGGCACCGACUCUUCCCUCGGAGGCCCGGUGUCAUUGACCCUCGACAUCGAGCCGACACAACCACACCGCGGGCUUCUCUUCCAUGUCUCGGCCAACGGCCACCGCGUCCUCCACACGCACGGCACCGCAGUCAGCACGACGUACUCGGUGUUCGACGUCGGGACCGGGCGCCCGGUCGCCACCGUCUUGUUCAGGAACGCUCUCCAGGGCAACCGCCGCGGCAUGCUUUCCCCGGACGGCAGACAUGGAGUGUUGCUGGCGUCGUCUUACGGGAGGUAUAAGAUGUGGCUGUGGCAUGUCGAUGAAGGGACUCUGCAUCGGAUCCAGGGGACGAUGGGUUGCCGGGAGUGGACAGCCGCUGAGUUCUCCGGGGAUGGCGCGACGCUGGGGCUGGGAUAUUCUGACGGGACUGUGUCGUUUCAUAUCGUUCAGGACGUAGUUCGCGGACAGGCAUAG